UUCUUGUGGGAGCAUGACGGCCUUGCAUUCCUUUCUUCACAUCAGCAGAAAUACGCAUGAAGGAAACCAAACCACCGUCUCUGAAUUCCUCCUCCUGGGACUCUCCAACCAGGCUGAACAGCAGAAGCUCCUCUUUGUGCUUUUCCUGGGCGUGUACCUGGUCACCGUGGUUGGGAAUGGGCUCAUCACUCUGGCCAUCCGUUUGGAUCCUCACCUUCACACCCCCAUGUAUCUCUUCCUGGCCAAUCUAUCCCUGGCUGAUAUUUCCUCCAUUUCCACCUCAGUCCCCAAGAUGCUGAUGAACAUUCAGACCAAGAGUCAAUCCAUCUCUUAUGACAGCUGCAUCACACAGAUGUACUUUUCUAUUAUCUUUGUUGUCAUUGACAAUUUCCUCUUGGGAGUCAUGGCCUAUGACCGUUUUGUGGCUGUCUGCUACCCUCUGAACUAUACGACCAUCAUGCGACCCAGGCUCUGCAUUUUGCUCGCAGUCAUGCCAUGGGUCCUCAGUAAUAUUGUUGCCCUGACACACACCCUUCUACUCCUUCAAUUGCUCUUCUGUGACAGCCACUCUGUCCCACACUUCUUCUGUGACUUGGCCUCUCUGCUUAAACUGUCCUGCUCAGACACAACGAUCAACGAGCUUGUGUUGUUUAUCAUGGGCUCAUCAGUCAUCACCUUCCCCUUGGCCCUCAUCUUCUUCUCCUAUGUCUGCAUUGUCAGGGCUGUCUUGAGAAUCUCGUCCACAGAAGGAAAGUGGAAGGCCUUCUCCACCUGCGGCUCUCACCUGACGGUCGUAUCCCUUUUCUAUGGUACCAUUGUAGGGGUUUACUUCUUCCCCUCAUCCACUCAUCCUGAUGACACAGAUAAGAUUGGUGCAGUGCUAUUCACAGUGGUGACACCCAUGAUAAACCCUUUCAUCUAUAGCCUGAGGAACAAAGACAUGAAAGUUGCCUUGAGAAAGCUCAUCAGUAGGAAAAAGUUCUUCCCUUUGUUGCCCUAAGCAUCUGAAUUCCUUUUAUCACUGUAACCAGAUGGAUUAUUCUGCCCAGAGG